CCCCUUCCUGUGUGCUGCGCGUCAUCACAGCCCUCUGCCCCAGCUCUACAGCCCUGCAGCUCUUUGCACACAGCAGGACCAGCAUGGAGAGGAGCACAGCUCUGGGGCUGCUGCUGCUGCUGGCUCUGCCCAUCCCUGGGCUGGGUGAGCAUUGCAGUGGGGCUGGGGGGCCCGAUGGGGCCUCCAUGUCACCACAGGGAGCAGCAGAGCAUGGGGAUACCCAUCCUCACUCCUCAGCAGUGGCUGUGGGAUGGGCUCCCCCUCCUCUGGCAGCACGGUCACGUCUGUACAUCAUCGGGGGACAUGAGGCCAAGCCCCACUCUCGGCCCUAUAUGGUAUCAGUGCAGUCCAAGGGGGUGCAUGUCUGCGGGGGAGCCCUGCUGAACUCACGCUGGGUGCUGACAGCCGCACACUGCAUCCCACAGGGUGCCGACCCCUCCAGGAUGACGGUGGUUGUGGGGCUGCACCGGCUGCGGGAGCACAGGGGCACCCAGAGCUUCUCCAUCCGUAAUGCUUGUCCCCACCCCGAUUACAACGAGGACACAUUGGAGAAUGACCUCCUCCUGCUGCAGCUGGAAGGGAAGGUGAAGAGCAACAAAAAGCAUCGACCCAUCGCGCUGAUGCGACGGGAGCCGGCGCUGGGCACCGCGUGCAGCCUGGCAGGGUGGGGUGGGCGAUGGGGGCGGCUGGUGGAUGCGCUGCAGGAGCUGGAGGUGACGGUGCUGGAUGCGAGGAUGUGCAACAACAGCCGCUUCUGGGACGGGGGUCUCGCACCCACCAUGAUCUGCUUCCAGGGCCGUGGCCGCGGGGAAGCCCCCACCAAGGGUGAUUCCGGGGGUCCCCUGGUGUGUGGGCGCCCACCGAGAGUAGCGGGCGUUAUGUCCUUCAGCGGCCCCGACCCCACCGACCGCUUGAAGCCCCCGGUGGCCACGUCGGCAGUGAAGCACCACGCGUGGAUCCGGCGCACGCUGCGACGUGGCUGCGUGCAACCCCAGCUGUUCACAUCGGGCAGCCCACAGCUCAGUGACACAGCAUCCAGGAUCCCAAUGAGCACCCAGCCCUGA